GAGAGAGAGAGAGAGAUGCCUUGUAAUGCCAAGAGGAGGAAAGGCGAGGGGGCGUCAGUUUGACUCGAAUCCUGCUUUUCUUCUCCCCUUCUCCUUUCUCUCUCCUCCCCUGUUGCUUUGCUUUUUCCCCCUUUUCUUCGUCAGAGAUCUAUCUCUAUGUCCUGCGACCCCUUUCCUCUCGUCUUCUUCCCCUUCUUCUUAUAGACCCCCCCAGGGCUCGGCUUCUUCUUCAUAUGUGUUCCUUCUCUAGCCGCUCCAGGGAGAGAGGUAUGGCCGUGGAGCUGAUGAUGGGUUACGGGAGCGGCGGCGACGGCGGCGUUGGCUUCGCGGUGAAGAAGGAGGAGACCGCUCUCCGGGAGGCCGCCUCCGCCGGCAUACAGAGCGUCGAGAAUCUCAUCAAGAUGCUGUCUUCCUCGCCUUCCCCCUCCCCCUCCGGCGGCGGCGCGGGCGGCGGGCGGCGGGCCGGGCAGGACUCGCCGUCGCCGUCGUCUUCCUCUUCCGGGGGCCCGAGCCCCGCCGUGGACAUCGAGGCCGCCACGGACGCCGCCGUCAACAAGUUCAGGAAGGUCAUCUCGCUGCUCGACAGGGCGAGGACCGGCCACGCCCGCUUCAGGAGAGCCCCUGUCGCCGACCCCCUCCCUGAGAACCGGGAAGCGUUUACUCCGGUCCGACCGGCGGAGAACCCGGUCGGGAGCGCCCGGUUGCAGAGCGCCGAGCCGGUCUCGGCUUUCAAGGUCUACUGCCCGACGCCGAUCCAGCGGCUGCCGCCCCUGCCUCACAACCACCACCACAACCACAACCACCACCACCACCACCACCACCAGGUCCAACAGAACCCCAUCCCGGUGGUUCCGAAGGUGGAGAGAAAGGAGUCCGCGACGCCGACGACUAUAAAUUUCUCCACCUCGCCGCCGAUCUCGGCUGCGAACUCCUCGUUCCUGUCCUCACUGACCGGGGAGACGGACAGCGUGCAGAGAUCCUUCUCCUCUGCAGGGUUUCAGAUGACGCACCAUCUCUCGCAGGUUUCGUCGGCGGACAAGCCUCCCUUGUCGUACUCACUGAAGAGGAAGUGCAGUUCCAUGGACGACGCGGCUCUGAAGUGCGGGUCGUCCUCCGGCAAGUGCCAUUGCUCGAAGAAGAGGAAAUCGAGAUUGAAGAGAGUGGUUAGAGUCCCAGCGGUCAGUUCGAAAAUGGCGGACAUCCCACCAGAUGAUUUCUCAUGGAGGAAGUAUGGACAGAAGCCCAUCAAAGGCUCCCCUCAUCCAAGGGGCUAUUACAAGUGCAGCAGCGUAAGAGGAUGCCCGGCGAGGAAGCACGUGGAGCGGGCCCUGGACGACCCGGGCAUGCUCAUCGUGACCUACGAGGGCGAACACAACCACUCCCAGUCCGUCGCCGACGUGAAGGCGCCGCUGGUCCUGGAAUCUUCCUAGGCCCGCCCUCUCGCCCGCUCUCUCUCGAUCUCUCGAUCCGACCGGGGUCCAUGGCGAUCUCCCGGUCCCCCCGGCUGUUGAUUGAACGUGAAGGAAGCGACACCGACGCUGAUAAUGCUUUAGGGGGGAGAGAGAGAGAGAGAGAGAGGGAGGGAGGGGCUCAAAUUGUCAACGCGAAGAUGCCUUGGCUCUGUUCUCAAGGAGGGGAGCGUGGAGGGGGAAAUUGGAUUCCUUUGUCUUCGGGUUCUUUUGUUUACUAUUUUGGCUUCGCCCCCUUCUUUUUUAAAUUUAUUUCUUUUGUGACUUCUGGUACUAAAGAAAGACCUUGUUGAUUAAGGGGGGGAAAGAAAAGGAAAAGGAGAGGAUGGGACUGUAGAUUUGGUGGGGAGUGAAUCAUCCGACUAGUGGGGUGGAUUUUCGUUUUGAUAUUUGGGAAAGUAUUAUUUUAGUGAAACCUUAGAUUAAUAUAAUGGAAUGGAGUUUUGCCUGUCUUUUCCGAUGUGAUAUA